AUGAGGCCCUAUUUAGCUAAGAUAAAAGAGAAAAAGAAUGAACUAGGGAAGCUGGAAUCAAUUGACAGUGGAAAGCCACUGGAUGAAGCACUAGCGGAUUUGGAUGAUGUUGUUGCUUGUUUUGAGUACUAUGCUGUGCUUGCGGAAGGGUUGGAUUCAAAGCAAAAAGCUCCUAUAUCUCUUCCUAUGGAUACCUUCAAAAGCCAUAUUCUCAAGGAGCCUAUUGGUGUUGUUGCAUUAAUUACUCCAUGGAACUAUCCUCUCUUAAUGGCAACUUGGAAAAUUGCUCCGGCUUUGGCUGCUGGUUGUGCUGCAAUAUUGAAGCCAUCUGAAUUGGCAUCUGUGACCUGUUUGGAGUUAGGCGAAAUAUGCCAAGAAAUUGGCCUUCCUCCUGGUGUUUUACAUAUUGUCACUGGAUUAGGCCAUGAAGCAGGUGCUUCUUUGGCAUCCCAUCCUGAUGUAGAUAAGAUUUCUUUUACUGGUAGUUCAAUAACUGGAAGCAAGAUUAUGACAACUGCAGCACAGCUAGUCAAGCCUGUUUCACUAGAGCUUGGUGGAAAGAGCCCGAUCGUUGUUUUUGAAGAUAUUGACCUUGAUAAGGUUGCUGAAUGGACCGUCUUUGGCUGCUUCUUUACUAAUGGCCAGAUAUGCAGCGCAACAUCUCGGCUUAUUGUGCAUGAAAGUAUAGCUGUAGAGCUUGGACCUAUUGUCAGUGAAGCACAGUAUAAGAAAGUAUUGAAUAUGAUCUCAAUGGCUAAGAGUGAGGGUGCAACAAUUUUGACUGGUGGCCGUCGACCUGAGCAUUUAAAGAAGGGAUAUUUUGUUGAACCAACCAUCAUAACCGACGUGACUACCUCGAUGCAAAUUUGGAGAGAAGAAGUAUUUGGACCUGUACUCGCGGUGAAAACAUUUAGCACUGAGGAAGAAGCUAUUGAUCUAGCAAAUGACACUUACUAUGGUUUGGGAUCUGCUGUAAUGUCAAACGAUUUAAAAAGAUGCGAGCGUCUAUCUAAGGCUCUUCGAGCUGGAGUUGUAUGGAUCAACUGUGCUCAGCCAAGCUUCAUUCAAGCUCCAUGGGGAGGCAUUAAACGUAGCGGCUUUGGGCGCGAGUUAGGAGAAUGGGGACUUGAGAAUUACUUGAGUGUGAAGCAAGUUACUAGGUAUAUAUCGGAUGAGCCGUGGGGCUGGUAUCAAUCCCCUUCAAAGCUGUGA